CCGUCUGUUCCAGGCAGCUUACGCUGCGUUUGUCUACUGAUGGUUUUGCAGGUUGUUACAUUUGAAUCCUUUCCCUGAACCGAACUGAGUGAGUGAGCAGUGACAAGCAAGCAACACCGUACACUGACCGAGUAGUGGCACGAGUGACAGUACCUACACCGGGGCAGCGGCAAGUGUGCAUUCUCUCUGCUGCCACUGACAGAAUUGUGCAUGUGCGUUCUCAUUGGAGCAGUUAGUACAAAUGCUGAGGUAGUGUUUUAGAAAAUGACCAUUGAGGAUUUGGCAGAAGUUUGCCACGAAAGAGACCGUGUACAGUUUAUUCGUCGGUACCAAGUGUGUUUCCCUGGCUCCUGUAGACCAAUUACCUUCUCUGUAGCGGCAGCACCAAUGCCUUCAGACUGCGAAUUCUCCUUUUUUGACCCAAAUGACGCUUCGUGCCAGGACAUAUUGUUUGACCCAAACACCUCCGUAUCAGAACUUUUUGCUAUUUUAAGGCAAUGGGUCCCACAGGUGCAACAGAAUAUUGACACCAUUGGAAAUGAGAUUUUGAAGAGAGGAUGUGGUGUUAACGAUCGUGAUGGAUUGACAGACAUGACCCUCUUACAUUACACUUGCAAGUCUGGGGCACAAGGCAUUGGGGAUGCAGAAAUUGCCGCCAAGUUUGCUGCCCAUCUCAUUGACAUUGGGGCGGACGUCAGUUUGCGCAGUCGAUGGACCAAUAUGAAUGCCUUACAUUACGCAGCUUACUUUGAUGUUUCUGAGCUUAUACAGGUUAUUCUUAAAGCAUCAAAGCCAAAAGAUGUUGAUGCCACCUGUAGUGACUUUGAUUUUGGUACGGCUCUGCACAUUGCCGCUUCAAACCUGUGUAUGGGAGCCGUGAAAUGUUUACUGGAACAUGGAGCUAAUACCGCCUUCCGGGAUGACAGAGGACGCAUUGCGGCAGACGUGGUUCCUGACCCAGUAGAUAUGCCGCUAGAGAUGGCUGACGCAGCAGCUGUAGCUAAGGAAAUUAAGCAGAUUCUUUUGGAUGCCAUACCUCUGUCAUGUGACCUCCCCAAAGUCGCGCUUCCCACUUAUGACAACACGUCGGGCAAUGCCGUGCUUCAGUCAGCUGGGAUGAAGUUAGGUGAUCGUGUGCUGAUUGCUGGGCAGAAGGCUGGCACAUUGAGAUUUUGUGGACCAACAGAGUUUGCAUCAGGGCAGUGGGCGGGCAUAGAGAUGGACGAAUCUGAAGGAAAGAAUGAUGGCAGUGUAGGUGGAAUCCAGUAUUUCAAAUGUCCCCUGAAGCAUGGAAUAUUUGCACCUUUAUCUAAAAUAACUAAAGCACUGGAACCCAUGAAGACGUUUAUCAAAAGCCCCUCUACUAAAUCCUGUACGUCCCUCAAGUCACAAAAGAUUGAUCUGAGUCGAGUUACUUCAAAGAUUAAUACAGGGCUGGUAACAUCCAAAAGAGCUGGGAUCUCAGAGUCAUCUGUAACUGAAGAAACCUUAAACCCUGUGGCUUCAAAGAAAGGAAAUUGGUGUGGCAUUGAGUUAGACAAGCCUCAUGGAAAGAAUGAUGGUUCGGUUGCUGGGGUCCAGUAUUUUACGUGUCCUACUAAAUAUGGAGUGUUUGCACCUCCUCCUAGAGUUCAAAGGUUAUCUGGUUCUUUGGAUUCGCUGUCAGAAAUUCCAACUAACAAACUGAAUCAUUCUUUUCCUGGCUUUAGACGCAGUUACAGCUCAACAUCCACAGCAGCAUCCCAGAAAGAUCUCAACAGAAGGCACUCAGGUGGCAGGUCCAAAAAGCCAACACUACGAAGAAGUUGGAGCAGCACAGCCACAACGACUAUCACCAACACUGAAGCAAGUGUGAAACUUCACAAAGGCUCCCAGGUGCUACUCAGUAGCUCAAAUGAGAUGGCCAUCAUUCGGUAUAUUGGUCCUACUGACUUUGCACAAGGUGUGUGGCUGGGUCUGGAGCUCCGGAAUGCCAAGGGAAAGCAUGAUGGGUCUGUGGGUGACAAACGCUACUUCCAUUGCAAACCAAACCACGGGAUCUUAGUACGACCCAGCAGGGUAACCUACCGUGGGAUUAACGGAUCAAAACUUGUGGAUGAAAUUUGCUGAACAAGUUAUUGAACGUUUUAGGAUUUAAACACUGUUACACAAACAAUCAAAUGUAUUUUUUGCUGAUAAUUAAUAUUGGUUAGUUACAAAGGGUGGACUGUACUUAAAUUGUAAUCUACUAAAAGGAUUUUUUUUUUUUUUUGCUACAGCCUUUCACAAAAUAUUAUUUACCAUAUCUACCAUCAGCUUCUUUUGUUCAUUUCUUAAUUUUAUUAAUAUUUUAUGCUGUAAACUGCAGUAGAUAGUGCUAAAGAAAUAACAGGUUGUCUCCUCUCAGCGUUAAAUUUGGCUGUAAAAUUGUAAAAAAAAAAAUCAGAUAUCCUUUGAAAUAUCAUUUAGUUUUGAUUUUAAAAAUAUUGGUAGAAAAAGCACCUUUUCUGUAUUCCCAACUGACAUAUGUUUAGGAAUUAAUCUCAAGCACUUUUCAAUUUCCUGCACUUUUAAUAUAAUGAAACAAAUAAUAUUGUGUAUAUAGGCAACAGGUAACGUUUGGAAUAUUGGAGUAUAAUGUUCUGCUGUUACGGAGAGAAAUAAAAACCCAAAAGCAAUGUCACAAUGUUUUUUAAAGCAUAUUUAUAUUGGCCAGUGAUACGCUUAGUAUAGGGAAGAUCUAUUAAUUGUCACAAAUUUCUGCUUUUACCAAUAAGAUAUAUGAAGCACAAGAAAAUGUUGAAAAUAUUCAGUUUGAUCGCUCUCCUUUUUGAAAUACUAUCUUCAUUUAGUAUCCUUUAAUGUAAUGUCACCCCUAUAAAAUAGCUAAUGAAAUUAUCCUGAGCAAAUAACCCAACUGCUGUCUUUAUCCCCAAACCUCCAUUAUGGUGUGAUAUUUUUUUUAUUAAAGUAAAGCAAUAUUUCCCUCUAUUCCAGUUAUCAUACAAGUGAUACAGCUCUUUGCAAUUCUAUCAGACUAUUAAUUGAUAAGGAGCUUAGCAGUCGUCUCAAUAAAAUUAGUCCUUGGCUGAAUUGAGAAGGACUGAUCUAAUAUUUUAAAUAAAAAAAACUACAGCUUCAGAAAAAAAAUGUAAAUAUAUUCUCCUUCUGUCAUUUGACUAGCAAUCCCUUUUAUAUAAAGAAUGUGUUUUGAAUGUGAAGUCAAUGGACUUUGUUGAGACAGAAUUUCAGUCAUUAGUCACUUUACUAUAAAACUGACAAACUGAAAGUAUUUCAUGUGCGCCUUUUGACUAUCAAAUGGUUUCAUGUUUUUUCAUGCUCUGUAUAUUUGUAAUUACAUGAUUUAAAUAUAAAAAAAAAUGCAUGUAUAUUUUCUGUUAUUAAAAGAAAAUAAAUUCC